ACCGGCCCGAGGGGCCGCGAAGAGCCGGGAGCUCGCUCGGGGGCUCCGGGACCCCUCGGGGUGUGAGGGGCCGAGCACUGCUCGGGGACCCGAGGGGCAGCAGCCUCGGCGGGCCCGCAAGAGCCCCGAGGACAGAGCCCAGUCGGCCGUGGCUGAGAUUUGCCCCAGAACUCCUCAGCUGGCCCCGUGUGCGCUGAGAUCUGUCCCUGCUCCUGAGGUGGCCUGGCUGUAGCCAGCAGUGUCCCCUCCCCAGGACACUGUCACCUCCUCCCAGUCCCACCCCAGCCCCGGUCUCUACCCACAGCCCAAGCCAUGCUGGGAGUGCAGAGCAGAAGGUGACUGUCCCCUGUGUUCCCUGUGCCCUUCCCAGCCUGUCCCUGCUCCCAGGUGUGUCCCUACUGUGUCCAGGGGAUGUGAGCAGGCUGGGAUGGCAGGGCUUCCCCACAGGGCAGUGUUGGGCACUCCCAGUGCCCCCCAAAUUCCAGGAUUCCCCAGGGAUCCAUCUGGGGGCUCCCUGUCCAUGGACAUCUAGGAUUCACAGGUAGAUCCAGGACUUUGCCCCCACCUGGGACAUGGUCCCACAUUCUGGGACCAGCUCAAAUUCCAUUCAUGGAUUCACAUCUGUCUCAUUCCCCCUUGCCACCUGAUCCCUGAGGGGCAGGAAAACACCUUCAAGGGGCUUCUCCCCCAAAUAUCUUAAUGGGAUUCCUGAGGGAUUUCAGGCUGGUUUAUCCUUGUGUUGGUCCGGGCCUGCUCCUCCAGCCUGUCCAGCCCCUCUGGGUGCUCCACACGGCCCAGAGUCAGAAAGUGGCUCAGAGCAGCAGUCUGGAGCCUCAAAGUGUCCCUCCUGUCCCUGUUCCCUUCAGGGAGAUUGUGCUGGCUUCUCACCUGAAGCCUCUGGAGAAGAAGGACAGGCUGGGACAGAGGAGGAAUGUGCUGUGGAAUCCCUGUGCAGCCCCAGCUGAGACAGCACCCACCCAUGCUGUGGAGAUCCCACAGGAGCUGGACCAGCUGCCUGGCUCCGCUGCGGAAUUUCACCGGGAUUGGCGCAGAUGCCUCAAAAGUGGGACAGAGAAAUACCAGUUUUUGCUGGAGCUUGGAGGGGAGGCCUUGGGCAGGAUCUUCCAGGCUGAUGUGGGCUUUGGCCUCCUGGGGGAAUUCCUGGCAGUGCUGGCAGAGAACAUCCAUCCUGGAGACAGAGCUGCCGUCCUUCAGAUCCUGCAGAGCCUGGCGGGCACCAAGCGCUUCGGGCUGAAUGUGGCUCUGCUGAGCCAGGCAGAGAAGGAGAGCAGCCAGGAUUUGUUCAGGAAACUGCAGAGCAGGGAUGGGCAGGCUGCUGGCCAGCCUGGCUGCCAGGGGGAAGCCCAUUCCAUGGAGACCCACCUGGAAAAGGAAAUGGAUGAGGAGACGACAGUGGUGGAGCUGAUGAAGUGUUACCAGGUCAGCUGAGGGAGCAGGAGCACCAGGAUUGAGCAGAAACCUCAAAGCUUGACUUUGGCAUCAGCUGGGGCACAAGUUGUGCACAAUAAAGUUUAGCUCCCAGGC